AUGGAUAGCGACGGUGACUCGGUGACCUCCUACGACGACUCCGAGGAUUCCCAGGACAGGAAGAGCAGGAAGAGAUCAAGGAGUCAUAGGAGUUCCAAGAAACGUGGGAAGAGCAUGACCAGGAAGAAGUGGAAGGGUGGGUCGAGGAGGAAGAAAAGCAGGCGAUCAUCCAGCGACUCAGAAUCCGAUCGCGCCGUUGCCAAUGCCAAGAACGUCGACGAUGCGAAGGAAGAAGCGGUCAGGUUCUGGGAGACGACCGACGCGCCGAAGCACCUACCGCUGGAAAACGCGGUGCCACCACUGGUCGAGUCGAUACCACCCCCGCCCCGUGACAAUGCGCAGGUCAACUACGGCGGCGCGCUGCGGCCAUGGGAGGGCGACGCCAUGGCGCAAUUCGUGCAGCAGGGGAUGAGCUAGCGCAUCCCGCCGCGCGGCGAGGUGGGCCUGUCCGCCGAGGACAUUCAGAGGUUCGAGGACGCCGCGUACGUGAUGAGCGGGAGAAGGCACGCGAGGAUCACCGCCGUGCGCCCCCGGAAGGAAAACCAGGUGUACAGCACCGAGGAGAAGAGCGCGCUUGCGGCGUUCAACCACGAGCAGAAGGCGAGGCGGGAAGGCAAGGUACUGGAGGACCUGUGGCGCCUCGUGGACAGGACGCUCGGCAAGAUCUCCGAGACAGAGCAUGAUCCGUUCGCAGAUAAGUAA